AUGAGUAGAGUAUCACAAACCUCUUAGGAGUUUCCAUUAUUUUCAAACAAUCGAAGCCCUUAAUCCUCUCCUAAUAGGCCAUAGGGCAAACUUUGUCUUCCAGAUUGCUCCUCUGGUGUCAGUAAAGAGUUUCCAACUUAUUUUAAGAAUGAUCACUAACUUCGAAGUAGAAUUUCACUAGAUAAUCCUUAUAUUGAGGAAGACUUCAGAGAUAAAACAAUAAAUAAUGCCAGAAGAGGUAGUCUUCAAUCAGAUCCUCUAAAUCCCUUAGCUACUAUAAGAAAUCACAACUAAUCUUACAACAAAUUCGAUAAGGAUUUCAAAAAAGAAAACAUCUUAAAGAAUACUGAUAGGCUUUUACUAAAAAAUCUAGAUAAAAAAUUCCUCUCAAAGUUUGACUUCUCUAAGGAAUUGGCGAUGCCAGGAGGAAGUUAAACUGAUAGAGCAGGUGGAGCAAGAAAUGACAGAGUUCAAAUGUCAGUGGAUUUGGUUUAAAGUUUUAACGAUUUUAAGCUUGAAGAAAACUAUAAAGCUGAUAAGCAAAAUUACAUAAAACUGCCUCAAAUCCCAAUAAAGCAAUAUGACUGUUUAAGAGACAAAGUAGAAGUAAUUUAACCACCAGACCUCGAAAUUGAAGGUUACUCAAAGUUCAGAGAUAAGUAUUUCAGCAUGCUUCAAAAUUAGAACAAGCCAUUUAACAAAAAAUUAGGGCUCUUUACAUUAUUCUCUGAUAAAACUACUGGAGAAAAAAUUAUGCACAAGAUCUAUGAUUAAAUAAAAAGAGAAGGGCUAAAACUAAAAGAAUUCAAAAAGAUUUAAGCCUAACAUGAAGUGUAAGUCCUUAAUCUAGAAUAAAGCACAGCUAGAGCUUUGAAUGAUUCAAAUUUGUCAAUAGAAACUAAGAUCAUGAAAGGCUCUAAUUCAGGGAAAGUCUUAGCCUUACCUAAAAACAGGAUUAAGUACAGAUAUUUUAAAGACGGAGAAAUAUUUGAGAAGAAAGAUGAUACUCUACUUAGAAGCUCCCUAGAUUAAUUAACUUUAUCUAAGUAAUUGUAGAAGAAAGGUGUCCUAAUUGCAGGUAACUCAGCCUAAAAUACUUAAACAAUUAAUUUCAAUGAUUUGGAAUCUAUAACCUCCUAUCCAGCUUAUAAUAAUGUCCUCCCUGAGGUCGAUAAAUAAACUCUCAUUAAAACAAAGAGUCUCUCAAAUUUGUUUAAAAGAGGAUCACUAUCCUCACUUCACUCGUCUUUCAAACCCUCAUAAGUACCUGCAAUCAAUGAUGAUAGAAAAAUUAUUAUUGCUUAGCAUCUUAAGUACCUGAAAGACAAUGAAAAGAAUCUAGAAAAUCUUAAGAAUGAGAUUAAUGACUUUGAAAGUAGAAACCUUAAAUAUGAAACUUAAAAGUUUGAAAAGAGCCCACCACUUUACUCUCAUGCUAGAUUGCUAUUUGAACAAGAAUUCAGGGAAUAGGAAAAUUUGAAGAACUAUACAAUGAUGAAGUAAGGUAGUAACGAGGACUAGAUGCUUUCUGUCGGAGAGAUGAGUAUUAAUCAGAGACUGAUGCAAACAGAUGCAUUCAAAAAAUUCAAAAAUCUUGAAGAAGUCUAAGAGGAGAAAAAUGAAACUUGA